UUUUGUGCUGCUCAGACAGAGGCGCUCCAGGCAAUCCCUUACACAGACAGUCUGCUGUCAGGGCUCGUCCACCUGUUCCGCUCACACAUCAAGAGCGUCUGUGUGGAGAGAAAAAUGAAACUUGAAGUCUUCUCUGCACAUCACUUUGCUCAGAAGCCACUGGAGUUGCGCAUGGACACAAACGCGGGAAUCCCGUCUCCUCUGUCCGGAGACGAACUGGGGUCAGACGGGGACUGCGUGGCCAACAGCCCGCCACCUGCUGUGAAUCAGGGCGGCGACCUGAGCAAGGGGAAGCCUUACACCCGUAGACCAAAGCCUCCUUACUCCUACAUCGCCCUCAUCGCCAUGGCUAUCCGGGAGUCCAGCAAGGGCCGUCUCACCCUGGCAGAGAUCAACGACUACCUAAUGAAGAAGUUUCCCUUUUUCCGCGGCACCUACACCGGCUGGAGGAACUCGGUGCGCCACAACCUGUCACUCAACGACUGCUUCCUAAAAGUGUUGCGGGACCCGUCCAGACCUUGGGGCAAGGACAACUACUGGAUGCUGAAUCCCCACAGUGAGUACACCUUCGCUGAUGGGGUGUUCCGCCGCAGGAGGAAGCGCAUCGCCAAGAGGUCCCCAAAGGAGGAGAGCCAGGACAUCACUGGGAAAGACACACACCUUCCCGCCCCGGAGGAGAGGGUGGGGGCUAAGUUCUCCAGCUCCUUCGCUAUCGACAGCAUCCUCGGCAAACCCUUCAGACGGAGGGAAGACGACCACACGAAUGCACAAACACAUGGAUUGUUCUGGCCCGUAGGGGCUCCCAUGCUGCCCUAUGCUAUGAACUAUCCGGUGCAUCACAGCUACCUGUCAGAGUCCAGCAGGGAUGACGUCACAUAUCUCCAUCACAAAGCACCCGCCAUGGCCAGACCCGAGGCCGCUUCCCACGCGCUCAAGACUCCCCCAAAGUCUGGGGGCUUCCAUAUAGACUCCCUGCUGUCUUAAGACACACAGAGUGCGGCCAAACGUUCAACACGGAAUCUGCACUUUUGUGCUUACUUUUCAGGGCUUCAGUUACUGAGACGCGUUCACGUCAACACUACUGCAGCUCAUCCUACAAUAAAAACAAACAGCGCGUUGUCAUUGUGGUGAUGAUUAAGGUUAUCCCAGGACAUUUCACUGACGUGAAGGUGUGUUAGAAGUGUUUGUUUUCAUCGUGCAUUCGUCGUUUCCGCUGUUGACGGUAAAAAAGGGCCAUGCUGAAACAUAAAGCAAUUAAUGUAUUUAUAUGUUCGUAGCCUGUAUGUGAAAUGCUGUAAAGGAUAUUGUAAGAUAAUGUAAACAUAUUCAUAGAAUGACUGAGCUACAUGAGAAUCACGUAGCUGCACUAGAAAAGCCAGAGGUUUUCCAAUUGUUGACUCGCGCAUGUCUUGGUAGCUUU